AUGUUUAGAAUCCACAUUGAUUUGAAGGUAAAGAUCUCAAUUUAUCAAAACAGUAGUCAAUGGAAGUCUUAGCAGAGCAAUAGGCCCAACUCAAUUUCUAUCAAUUUCUCUUUCUCUUCUCCCCCUAGGCAGGUCUUGGCAGAUCGCCGCCGUAUGGACGAUGAGGAGGAUGAUGUGUUUGAGCCAGACUUCCACUGCUGGCGCACAGCCUUCAGGGAGAUAAAGUACGAGGACAGGGGAACCCAGACACCCAGCCCUGUCCUGGCACUGCCCAAUAGUAUGGUGCCCUGCGGGGUGGCCCAGGAGCCCAGACCACUCUUCUACGGUACGGCCACACAUACCAUGUGAACACGCAUACACACACAGUGUGAAGAAUAUGUAAGAGUGGAGCUCUGCUGUACUCAGCUCUUGGCGCCUUAUAGUCCCAGCCACAGCAGCUUUUAUGACCUGUGUGUAGUGUACCCAGCUGCUUUCCCAUUCAGAUGGCGCCAUUAGGUGAUUCAGACGUGACGACAGGCCAUACCUGUAUAACUGACCCUUUACUAGAACACCAGGGAGAGCUGUCUGUCAGUGAUGCCCUCUCUGUCCUGUCACACUAGAGAUAGCGCUGGUAAUGGAAAAGAUUACUGUAUGUGAACUUUGGAGUUGUUAAGAGUUGCAGAGCAUAUGGCACUCUCAAUGAACAUUAAGAUAUUGACCUGACCAGUAUCUAUGGCUUUUUUCCCACAGGCAACGCAGGCUUUCGAUUGCACUUCCCAGCGCAGUUUGAGCGUGUUGGAGACCAGGGGCCUCAGGGGGAGCGAGGGGGGAUGGAGCGGCUCGAACAGCAGCCCCAGCAGCCAGCACGCAGCAUAGAGGUCUACAUUGGACAGAAACUCCAACUCAUCGGAGACCAGUUCCUCCAACAACACCUUCAACUGGUGAGGAUACCCACCGUGACUGACAGCAUAGCACAGCUAAAGCCCACCAAACAGGCCUACUGUACUCAGAGGCCUGCUGAGAGAGAGAGAGAGAGCGAGAGAGAGAGAGAGACUGAGCAGCAGAAGUGGCUUCUUUAGGGGCAUCCAUUGUGGUCAUGUCUCAGUGUCCCGUGUUUGUUUUGGCUAGUCAGUGAGCAUGCAUUAGCCCAGAGUUCUGACCUCUCGUUCUACCCCCCCAAGACGCAGCUUAAGCAGGGCAGCCUCUUCCCACACUCACCCCUUCCCUCCCGGCCUCAGCUUCCUGUUUAUUUCUCUCUGCCUCUCUCCCCCCAUUUCCUCCCUAUGCUGCCACGGCGCCACAGGGGGCAUUGAGGAGUCCACACCAAACACUGUACACUAUGGUUGGGGUGACACUGCUAGUUACUGUGCUGGCUGCAUUGAAGUGGUCAGACCUUUCUCUCUUGACAUACUAUAAGUUUGGUUGUAUUGGUGGUAGAACCGUGGAUCAUUGAGAGUUUCUUUCUGCAGAGCACAAAUGCACGUUUAGAGGAAAACGAAAACACUGAGAGUCAAAGACACACUCACACACACAUAAACACACUCAACACACUCACACAGAGAAAAAGCUGAAGUGACCGGACUAGGUAAACAUGUUGUACUUGCUACGAUUGUGAUAUGUGGUUGUCUCACCCAGCUAUCUUGAGAUUAAUGCACUAAUUGUAAGUCGCUCUGGAUAAGAGUGUUUGCUAAAUAACUCAAAUGCAUAAACUAAUGUUGUAACCCGAAGCUUGGCGCGUGAGCCCAGGGGAACAGCUGUGGUUAGGGAGUCUCCAGCCAGUCCUGCCCAUCCGUCGCCCCCACCACCCACAAGAGACGCCCAAAUAAGAGGGCUGUGUGUCUGGAGGGGGGCCGGUAGGAUGGGGGGGGGGGGGCAUGGAGGUUGCCCACUCACUUAAUUCAAACCCAAUCUAUUGAGCCUAGGGGUUUGGAAGGGGCCUCAUCUGACCAACUAAAGACAACCGUCUUGUAUUUCCUUAAAUUCUCUUUCAUGAACUGCAUGGACCUCUUGAGUCUUAAGCAUGAAACACACCAAGAAUCUCACUGCCGAUAGACUGCUGAUAGGUACUUAUCACAGUGGGAGGCCGUUCCUUCUCUUGCUAGAACAAAAGCAGUACCUGCUGUGUGCCGACCCGGUAGCGACGAACCUGCCGUUUCUACUUGUAGAAUCGCAAUGCUCGUCAGUGGUCAAUAACUUGACUUUGAGCCAAUCAGAGAGCACUGCCGAGUUAGUGCAGUGUCCUUAGCUAGCUUUCUAGCUAUGUUGUGCUAGCUACCGAAUAUGCUAACAUUAGGUAGCUAGCAAAAAAAGUGGCUAUGGGCUGGCACUGGCAGUAUGGGAUUAUGGAGAGUGAAUUAAAUAGUUUAUUCGUCAUCUUGCUAGGUAGUUAUCUAGCUGUGGCCAUUAGCGCAGCUAGCUAGUUAGGUAGCUAGCUAGCUAGCUAACAUUGGAAUCUAAACCAUAAAUUAAGAAACACUCACAGACAUGCAUUUUCCAAAGAAUGCUACUGCCACCUUCUGGUUUGGAGUAUUUUAACACGGCUGAGUGGAUGAUGACUUCAAGGUCUUUGCUGUGUGAACACAUAAUAGAUUGACUGCCAACACUCUGUUCAGAGGUGCUAAAUACUGUCGGCAGGCAAACGUUUGACAAUCCUACCGGUGUGUCUGAGCUUCGGAAAGUAUUCAGACCCCUUGACUUUUUCCACAUUUUGUUAGGUUACAGCCUUAUUCUAAAAUGUAUUAAAUUAUUUAUACAUGUAUCAUCAAUAUACACACGAUACCCCAUAAUGACAAAGCAAAAACAGGUUUUUAUAAUUUUUUGCUAAUUUAUUGAGAAGAAAAAACGUAACUAUCACAUUUACAUAAGUAUACAGACCCUUUACUCAGUACUUUGUUGAAGCACCUUUGGCAGCAAUUACAGCCUUGAGUCUUCUUGGGUAUGACGCUACAAGCUUGGCACACCUGUAUUUGGGGAGUUUCUCCCAUUCUUCUCUGCAAAUCCUCUCAAGCUCUAUCAGGUUGGAUGGGGAGCGUCGCUGCACUGCUAUUUUCAGGUCUCUCCAGAGAUGUUCGAUUGGGUUCAAGUCCGGGCUCUGGCUGGGCCACUCAAGGACAUUCAGAGACUAUCACUCCUGCGUUGUCUUGGCUUUGUGCUUAGGGUCAUUGUCCUGUUGGAAGGUGAUACUUCGCCCCAGUCUGAGGUCCUGAGCACUCUGAAGCAGGUUUGCAUCAAGGAUCUCCCUAUACUUUGCUCCAUUCAUCUUUUUAUUUUUUAUAUAACCUUUAUUUAACUAGGCAAGUCAGUUAAGAAAAAUUAUUAUUUACAAUGACGGCCUACCCCGGCCGAAUCCGGACGAUGCUGGUCCAAUUGUGCGCCGCCCUAUGGGACUCCCAAUCACGGCCAGAUUGUGAUACAACCUGGAAUCGAACCAGGGUCUAUAGUGACACCUCUAGCACUGAGAUGCAGUGUCUUAGACUGCUGCACCACUCAAACCUGACUAGUCUCCCAGUCCCUGACGCUGGAAAACAUCCCCACAGCAUGAUGCUGCGACCACCAUGCUUCACCGUAGGGAUGGUGCAAGGUUUCCACCAGACCUGACACUUGGCAUUCAGGCCAAAGAGUUCAAUCUUGGUUUCAUUAGACCAGAGAAUCUUGUUUCUCAUGGUCUUAGAGUCCUUUAGGUGCAUUUUGGCAAACACCAAGCGGGCUGUCAUGUGCCUUUUACUGAGGAGUGGCUUCCGUCUGGCCACUCUACCAUAAAGGCCUGAUUGGUGGAGUGUUGCAGAGAUGGUUGUCCUUCUGGAAGGUUCUCCCAUCUCCACAGAGGAACUCUGGAGCUCUGUCAGAGUGACCAUCAGGUUCUUGGUCACCUCCCUGACCAAGGCCCUUUUCCCCCGAUUGCUCAGUUUGGCUGGGCGACCAGCUCUAGGAAGAGUCUUGGUGCUUCCAAACUUCUUCAAUUUAAGAAUGAUGGAGGCCACUGUGUUCUUGGGGACCUUCAAUGCUCCAGAAUUGUUUUGGUACCCUUCCCCAGAUCUGUGUCUCGACACAGUCCUGUCUCGGAGCUCUACAGACAAUUCCUUCGACCUCAUGGCUUGGUUUUUGCUCUGACAUGCACUGUCAACUGUGGGACCUUAUAUAGACAGGUGUGUGCCUUUCUAAAUCAUGUCCAAUUAAUUGGAUUUACCACAGGUGGACUCCAAUCAAGUUGUAGAAACAUCUCAAGGAUGAUCAAUAGAAACAGGUUGCACCUGAGCUCAAUUUCGGUCUGAAUACUUUUAUUUUUAAUAAAUUAGCAAGAAUUUCUAAAAACCUGUUUUCACUUUGUUAUUAUGGGGUAUUGUGUGUAUAUUGAUGAGGAUUAUUUUAAAUAAAAUCCAUUUUAGAAUAAGCCUGUAACGUAACAAAAUGUGGAAAAGUGAAAAGGUCUGAAUACUUUCUGAAUACACUGUAGGUAUUCAAAGCUAUAUUUGGGCCCUGAAACCAGAUUUCUGUAAUCAGAUUUGUGUAGCUGACUUCUUCUUUUGUGAUGUUUUUUUAAAAAUAUUUUCUCCCACACUCAUGCUGAGGUUAUAUUAAUUCCACAGACUUGUGUACUGCAGCCACAGUGCACCAUGACUCAUCUUAUGUGGCAUGCAGGCGUUAUUACAUUAGGGCUGUGAUACACUGACUGGCGCACAGCAGAACCUCAGCAGAGACAGGCCAGGAGAUAAGGAAGCGUCUCUCUCUCUCGUUACUCACUGGGUAAACACAACAAGUGACAGUAGUUAGAGUGAGAACAUUGUGAUGUCAUAUCCUGAAGCUACAGAGCGAUAGGGCACACACACUCACACACUGCUAACCUCAGCAAUUAAGGAAAAAUACAACUGCGUGAGGAAUUGUUUUUUAAAUUUCCGAAGCCCAGAAUAGUGGAUCUGGAAUAUUGACUUUGAUGACCUACAUACAGUGCCCUCCACAAUUAUUGGCACCCCUGUUUAAGAUGUGGUCGAGGACUUCCAAAAAUUCUCCUUUUUUUUUUAACAACAUAGAACCCAAAUGCAAAAAAAUAGAAAAAUCCAACCUUUUAUUUAAGUACAUUACUUUGGUGUAAAAAAAAAAAAUCACACAUUUAGAAAAAAAAAAACUUGAAAUCAUGUGUCCCACAAUUAUUGGCACCCCUGAUGUUAAUACUUUGUACAACCCCCUUUUGCCAACAAGACAGCACUUAAUCUCCUCCUAUAACAUUUCACAAGAUUGGAGAACACAGAGAGAGGGAUCUUUGACCAUUCUUCUUUGCACAAUCUUUCUAGAUCAUCCAGUGUCCUGGGUCCUCUCUUAUGCACUCUCCUCUUUAGCUCGCCCCACAGGUUUUCGAUUGGGUUGAGGUCUGGGGACUGAGAUGGCCAUGGGAGGACCUUGAGUUUGUGACUGCUGAACCAUUUUUGUGUAGAUUUUGCCACAUGUUUUGGAUCAUUAUCCUGCUGAAAGACCCAAUGACGACCCAUCUUCAGCUUUCUGGCAGAGGCCAUCAGGUUUUUAUUUUAAAUGUCCUGGUAGUUCAAAGCGUUCAUAAUGCCAUGGACCCUAACAAGUCCCAGUGCCGCUUAGCAAACUCCAGACGUUUACGUUUGUGAGUGUUAGUGAGAAAAGGCUUCUUCCUUGCAUGCCUCCCAAACAGCUUGUUGGCAUGUAGAGAGCGUCUGAUGGUUGUUUUGGAGACUUUGUGACCCCAAGAUGCUACUCUUUGAUGCAAUUCUGUGACAGUGAGCUUAGGACUUUUUUUUUACUUCUCUUACCAUCCUCCUCACUGUGCGUUGUGGCAAGAUAAACUUGGGACCUCUUCCAGCCUUGUUUGUCACUGUUCCAGUUGUUUUAAACUUCUUAAUGAUUCCUCUGACUGUAGAUACGGGCAAGUUAAGGCGAGUGGCUAUUUUCUUGUAGCCAUUGCCUGACUUAUGAAGGUCGACACAAAUCUGCCUUACUUGAAUGGUGUGUUCUCUUGUCUUUGCCAUGUUGACAAAUGGGUAAGAGAAUUAGGCCUCUGUGUCACGUCAUAUUUAUACCCCAGGGAAACAGGAAGUCAUGAAUUACUAAUUAAAAGUUCCUAGAUACCCUGACCAACUUUAGCAACUACAGAAAAAUAUAUUUUUAAAAAAAUCAAUUAAAAUUUUCAGCAGAAUUGUUAGGGGUGCCAAUAAUUGUGGGACACAUGAUUUCAAGUUUUUUUUUUUCUAAAUGUGUGAUUUUUUUUUUAACCACCAAAGUAAUGUACUUAAAUAAAAGGUUGGAUUUUUCUAUUUUUUUGCAUUUGGGUUCUAUGUUGUUUAAAAAAAAAAGAGAAUUUUUGGAAGUCCUCGACCACAUCUUAAACAGGGGUGCCAAUAAUAGUGGAGGGCACUGUAGUAACCAACAGUUAGGUGUUAUUUCAGUCCUUGAAGUUAUUGAUUACUCUCUUGUCAUUCGAGUGGGCAGAAUUACUGUUCUUGUCUGCAGAGCCUACUCAGCCCAGGGAGUUGUACAGGCCUGAGUCUCUGAGAGUUUCUCUCUGCCUUUCUGGCUGCUGUUGAGUGACACUUGGACAGACUAACCCAAACAGAUUAGUGUGAUUUGUAUUCGUGAUCUCAAGUUUAGCCCAUGGCUGCUAUUCCUAGCGCUGUGGUUUCAUUGUGUAUUUAAGUCUUCAGCAGUGAGGUAGGUACACUCAUUCUCAUUCAUGUAUGCACACAACCACACACGAAUAUGCUGUGUGCAUGCAUGUGUGUUCGUGCAUGCAUGCAUGAGAAUGAGUGUAUGUGUGUGUGCGUGUGAUCUCGUCUUUCAAUGUUGUAUUGUCUAUCUCUCCAUCCCUCUAUUUAUCCCUCUUGUUGGAUUAUUGCAAUUAUGUAGUGCAUCAGCAGGCUUUCAAACACAGUUUGACAUUCAUCUCUUUGAUUGACUCAUAAAUGAAGAGACAGGGCAUACUGUGUAUUAUGGCUCAACCCCCUUCCAUUUCCAUAACAUCCUACCAUCAUGGCCCAUGGCAGGGAGAGGGCUUAAGGUGCUUAAGAGUAUGAGGAGCAUUGGUGCUGACAGAUAAAUUGCUCCUCAGUAUGAGAAGGCUGGAGGGGACAGAGCAGAGGUCCCCAGAGCACAGAAGGACUGACAUGACAGUAAUGACAGUCACAAUGACAGGAAGACUGCCACAGUCUGCACGGGGCGAGGAGCAGAGUUGGGUUACAAUAGUGUGUUUUUCUAAAGACCCCAAUGAGGGAGCUACAGGGCGGGCCCACACCUUGUCACCCUCUCUGAGCUGAGCUGAGCUGAGUGGAGGAACCAGAGUAGGAAAAAAGGUCACUGCUGCUGUCUUUACAGGACAUUGUGGCUGUGAGAAUGUACACGUUGAUGUUAUUAAGUGUGGUGGAAGCAGUGUUUGUUGAUAAAAUAUAUAAUAGUCAGUUGUACAACUGAAUGCAUUCAACCGAAAUGUGUCUUCCGCAUUUAAGCCAACCCCUCUGAAUAAGAGCGGUGCGCGGGGCUGCCUUAAUCGACAUGCACGUCAUCGGCGCCCAGGGAGCAGUUGUUGCUGGGGUUAACUGCCUUGCUCAAGGGCAGAACGGCUGAUUUUUCCACCUUGCCGGCUCAGGGAUUCAAACCAGGCCUACAUACAGCAUUACUGACUGUCACAACUACCUAUAAUAGGCUUCACCCUCUGUCAGAGGUGGCCAGUUCAGGUGUAAUCCAGACAGAUGGAUGAGCUUGGUUAUGUGCUUUCUAGUUGUAAUUACAUCUAAAGAAAGAGUGUCUCAAGGCACGACUUUACUAAGUGCUGCUACCCCAUGCUGUCUGCCAUCUGCCGGUACAGUUAAAACCGGGAUUAAUCUGUGAAGAGCACACUUCUCCAGCGUGCCAGUGGCCAUCGAAGGUGAGCAUUUGCCCACUGAAUUCGGUUACUACGCGGAACUGCAGUCUGGUCAAGACCCUGGUGAGGACGUGAGCAUGCAGAUGAGCAUCCCUAAGAAGGUUCCUGACAGUUUGUGCAGAAAUUCUGCGGUUGUGCAAACCCACAGUUUCAUCAGCUGUCUGGGUGGCUGAUCUCAGAUGAUCCCACAGGUGAAAAAGCCAGAUGUGGAGGUCCUGGGCAGGCGUGGUUACAGAUGGUCUGUGGUUGUGAGGCUGGUUGGACGUACUGCCAAAUUCUCGGAAACGACUUCGGAGGCGGCUUAUGGUAGAGAAAUUAACAUUCAAUUAUCUGGCAACAGCUCUGGUGGACAUUCCUGCAGUCAGCAUGCCAAUUGCACACUCCCUCGAAACUCGAAGCAUCUGUGGCAUUGUGUUGUGUGACAAAACUGCACAUUUUAGAGUGGCCUUUUAUUGUCCCCAGCACGAGGUGCACCUGUGUAAUGAUCAUGCCAUUUAAUCAGCUUCUUGAUAUGCCACACCUGUCAAGUGGAUGGAUUACAGUGAGGGAAAAAAGUAUUUGAUCCCCUGCUGAUUUUGUACGUUUGCCCACUGACAAAGACAUGAUCAGUCUAUAAUUUUAAUGGGAGGUUUAUUUGAACAGUGAGAGACAGAAUAACAACAACAAAAUCCAGAAAAACGCAUGUCAAAAAUGUUAUAAAUUGAUUUGCAUUUUAAUGAGGGAAAUAAGUAUUUGACCCCUCUACAAAAAAUGACAUAGCACUUGGUGGCAAAACCCUUGUUGGCAAUCACAGAGGUCAGACGUUUCUUGUAGUUGGCCACCAGGUUUGCACACAUCUCAGGAGGGAUUUUGUCCCACUCCUCUUUGCAGAUCUUCUCCAAGUCAUUAAGGUUUCGAGGCUGACGUUUGGCAACUCGAACCUUCAGCUCCCUCCACAGAUUUUCUAUGGGAUUAAGGUCUGGAGACUGGCUAGGCCACUCCAGGACCUUAAUGUGCUGCUUCUUGAGCCACUCCUUUGUUGCCUUGGCUGUGUGUUUUGGGUCAUUGUCAUGCUGGAAUACCCAUCCACUAGCCAUUUUCAAUGCCCUGGCUGAGGGAAGGAUGUUCUCACCCAAGAUUUGACGGUACAUGGCCCCAUCCAUCGUCCCUUUGAUGCGGUGAAGUUGUCCUGUCCCCUUAGCAGAAAAACUCCCCCAAUGUUUCCACCUCCAUGUUUGACGGUGGGGAUGGUGUUCUUGGGGUCAUAGGCAGCAUUCCUCCUCCUCCAAACACGGCGAGUUGAGCUCGAUUUUGGUCUCAUCUGACCACAACACUUUCACCCAGUUCUCCUCUGAAUCAUUCAGAUGUUCAUUGGUAAACUUCAGACGGGCUUGUAUAUGUGCUUUCUUGAGCAGGGGGACCUUGCGGGCGCUGCAGGAUUUCAGUCCUUCACGGCGUAGUGUGUUACCAAUUGUUUUCUUGGUGACUAUGGUCCCAGCUGCCUUGAGAUCAUUGACAAGAUCCUCCCGUGUAGUUCUGGGCUGAUUCCUCACCGUUCUCAUGAUCAUUGCAACUCCACGAGGUGAGAUCUUGCAUGGAGCCCCAGGCAGAGGGAGAUUGACAGUUCUUUUGUGUUUCUUCCAUUUGCGAAUAAUCGCACCAACUGUUGUCACCUUCUCACCAAGCUGCUUGGCGAUGGUCUUGUAGCCCAUUCCAGCCUUGUGUAGGUCUACAAUCUUGUCCCUGACAUCCUUGGAGAGCUCUUUGGUAUUGGCCAUGGUGGAGAGUUUGGAAUCUGAUUGAUUGAUUUCUUCUGUGGACAGGUGUCUUUUAUACAGGUAACAAGCUGAGAUUAGGAGCACUCCCGUUAAGAGUGUGCUCCUAAUCUCAGCUCGUUACCUGUAUAAAAGACACCUGGGAGCCAGAAAUCUUUCUGAUUGAGAGGGGGUCAAAUACUUAUUUCCCUCAUUAAAAUGCAAAUCAAUUUAUAACAUUUUUGACAUGCGUUUUUCUGGAUUUUUUUGUUGUUAUUCUGGCUCUCACUGUUCAAAUAAACCUACCAUUAAAAUUAUAGACUGAUCAUUUCUUUGUCAGUGGGCAAACUUACAAAAUCAGCAGGGGAUCAAAUACUUUUUUCCCUCACUGUAUCUUGGCAAAGGAGAAAUGCUCACUAACAGGGAUGUAAACAAAUUUGUGCACAAAAUUUGAGAGAAAUAAGCUUUUUGUGCAUAUGGAACAUUUCUGGGAUCUUUUACUUCAGCUCAUGAAACAUGGGUCCAACACUUUACAUGUUGCGUUUAUAUUUUUGUUCUGUAUAGUUCAAUUUGUGCUCUGGAUAAUGUAUAUUUAUGAAGCAGACUUCAGCGUUAUUAUGCAAUUAUCAAAAUAUCCCCAGGUUAACUUUAGAUAAACGCUACAUCACAAAACUAGCACUAUCAAGAUUCCCAGUAGUCCCUCAAAUAGCCGAUGGCUAUAACUUAAUUUAUUUAUUCCUUUUCUACUUUUUACAAAAACGUGUGUGGAGCGUGCAUGAGCCGGUUUGAACUUGGCACCAGCUUAUGCAACGCUCUGCAAUGUUCACCUCAAUGUACGAGGGGUAGUGAAAACCUGGAUCUUAUCACAAUGCAGAGUGCAGGCUAGUUGUAAACAGGUUGAUUUCUGGGCUUGGACACAGAUGCUGCCUCAGCUGUCAUGUUAAGACAGUACAAGUCAACUCAGCAGUCACGCUUUGGUUAAAUUGGUUUACAAUUGAAGAGAAUGUUGCCUGACACUGGCAAUGUGCUAACAAUGUAUUGUCAAAGCUUAUUAUCCAGCCUAUUGUUGCUCUUUGUUAAUGAAUGGCAUGUAUCUGAAAAUAGCCAGGGUGUUAUCAGGUCCAGUAGUGUCUGUGUUUCAUCUGUGGAGCUAAGCUCAGCUCUCAUACUGAGAUGUGUUCCUUUGGAUCUCCACCCCUCUUCGAGUGCUCUCUAAUCGUAUAUAGUGCAAUUAUCUUAUCUCCUCCUCUAUGGCAGAGAUAGCAUUAUCAUCCUAAUCACACACCAUCCAGUUGGCUCUCCAACCAGAGAGGGAGAGGGAGGCUGCUCCUGAUGUGCUGUUGGAUUCUGCUUUCAUAGACUUGCUGUGCAAUGAAUGUGUCUGUGGCAUGGGGUGGUAGUUAGUGUUACAUUCGCUGUAUAGGGUUCUCAAUCCUGCACACAAAGAAACAGUGUUAAUAAGUAGUGCUGGGGACACACUCAGACUGUUGUGAAAAUAUUAGCGCUGUUCCGGUGUCAGGUUUUGACCUAUCCCUCCUCAAUUCACCAUGUUGAUCCCUCUCAAUCACAAUCACCACACAUCACACACCAACACACAUCCACAGCUCCAACUGAAUACCCUGGUAAAUGAAUGAUGAUAUAUUUUGUCAUUGACUAUGCCAGUUCCCUGUCCACAUCCUGGUCUGACUCGGUUGUUUUUCUCCCUUGUUUUGUUGCAGUAUCACCGAAACCAAAGGAACAUGAGGCCCUUGUGGAGGCGCCUGGCCUCGGCUCUGCUCACCCUGCUGUUUGAGCAGGAGGCCGUCGCUGGAGGGGGGAGAGCAGGGUGGAGGUGA